AUGGAGUGGAGGGAGAGCUACAACUGCCAAACUGAAAUAGCACCAAAAGGAUGAAAGAUAAUGGGGAGUUGCUCUGUUAGAAACCUAAGCACAAACAAACUGACUCCAUGAAAAUGGAGAGUUGCUCCCUUCAACCAUCAACUAUAACCACCAUACCUACCUCCUUAACCAGAAGUGGAUUCCUUGAAAAAACUUCUGUACGUGGCCAUUUUCUCAGAUUUCCAAGUUUCAAUAAAUACCCACAUGCCAGAAAGCUUAAAUCUUUUGACAUCAAAGCUCAAGCCUCUGGUGUUACCAAAUAUAGUUCAGGUGCAGUUGAGGCAACUCCAAAGGAAGUGGAUGUAAAAGAUGAUAAUCUUGCAUUUGUUGCUGGUGCUACCGGUAGAGUUGGCUCGCGAACAGUGAGGGAGCUUCUCAAACUCGGGUUUCAAGUCAGAGCUGGAGUCAGGAGUGCUCAGAAAGCACAAAGUCUGGUGCAGAGUGUUAAGCAAAUGAAGCUUAAUGGUGAAGGAUCUCAGUAUGUAGAGAAGCUUGAACUCGUGGAAUGUGAUCUAGAGAAACCAAAUGAGAUUGGACCAGCAUUAGGCAAUGCAUCUGUAGUUAUAUGUUGCAUUGGAGCUAGUGAGAAAGAGGUGUUUGAUGUUACAGGGCCUUAUCGAAUUGAUUAUCAGGCCACCAAAAAUCUCAUUGAUGCAGCAAGUGCCGCGAAAGUCAAACAUUUUAUUAUGGUUUCAUCACUGGGAACAAACAAAGUUGGAUUUCCUGCAGCUAUUCUAAAUUUGUUUUGGGGUGUUCUAAUUUGGAAGAGGCAAGCAGAAGAAGCACUCAUAGCUAGUGGUGUGCCUUACACUAUAGUGAGACCUGGAGGAAUGGAGCGGCCUACUGAUGCUUACAAAGAAACACAUAAUAUUACCUUAUCAGAGGAAGAUACUUUAUUUGGUGGCCAGGUGUCGAAUCUUCAGGUGGCUGAACUAAUAGCCGUUAUGGCUAAGAACCGUGGGCUCUCUUAUUGUAAAGUGGUGGAAGUAAUUGCAGAGACAACAGCACCCUUGACCCCAAUGGAAGAGCUUCUAGCAAAAAUACCAUCUCAACGUGUUGUACCAAAGGAACUAGUUGCAGUAGAAGAGCCCGCCACUGCAGUCUCUGAGAAGGUUGCAAGUGAAGCUCCAAGUCCAAGUGCUCCUAUUGAGAAGGGAACUGAACAAGCAAAAGCCACAGAAACAAGACCACUCUCUCCAUAUUAUGUUUAUGCUGAUUUGAAGCCACCCACUUCUCCUACUCCAGCUUCACCAAGUGUUCAGAAAGAAAGUAGCAGUCCUUUAGAUUCAGUGUCAGAGCCUGCUUCUGCAGAUACUCAAAUAGGCUCAUUAGGGAUCCCAACUGGAAUUUCUGAGGAAAAACCAGUCCUAUUAGAAAGGAAGAUAGAACAGCCUCUUUCUCCUUAUGUUGCUUAUGCUGAUUUGAAGCCGCCCACUUCUCCUACUCCAACUUCACCAGGUGUUAAGAAAGAAAGUAGCCGUCCUGUAGAUUCAGCGUCAGAGCCUGCCUCUGUAGAUGCUCAAACAAGCUCAUUAGGGACAGCAACUGGAAUUUCUGAGGAAAAACCAGCCCCAUUAGAAGGGAAGAUAGGACAGCCUCUUUCUCCUAAUGUUGCAUAUGAUGAUCUCGAAUGCCCAUCUUCUCCAUCUCCUGCUGCACCAAUGAUUUCGAUUCCAACAUCUUCCGAUGAUGAAGGGUCUAAGGUGGGAAACAGCGCACCUAUAUUGGCCCCAGAGGAAGAGCAACAACAUACAGAAGCAAAGCCAAGGCCACUUUCACCUUAUGCCAUAUAUGAUGAUCUCAAGCCCCCAACAUCUCCGAUUCCUGCUGCACCACUGGUAUCAAUCCCAACAUCUUCCGAGAAUGGGGGACCUAAGGCAGGAAACAGUGCGCCUCCAACAGCACCUGAGGAUAUGCAGCAACAUACAGAAGCAAAGCCAAAGCCACUGUCACCAUUUUCCAUCUGAGAGCGUUCUCUAUUUCUUUCAAUAACAAGGUAUGAAGAUAUGAAGCCUCCAACUUCGCCCUCGCCAUCUCCACGGUCAUAGAGUGAAAAAGAACUAUCUAGUCUCACUGGAACAAAAAGAGAGAGAAGCAAUG